AUGUCCAACUCCGACGACGAUCUGGACAACUUCUUCCUUUUACCAAGGCGAACACCCGAGCCUCCCUCACCUACCCAACCGAGUCAACUCCAUUCCGCUUCGCCCUCUCCUUCGCCUUCUCCCCCUCAUCGGACUCGGACUCGGAGAGCGAGGGAACGGUCGGACGAAGAAGAUGAGCACGAAACGCCGGGUUCUGUAGCCUCUUCCUCGGAUGUGGAGAUCAUCGCUUCGACUUCUAGACGCGUACAGGGAAGAAAAUCUAUCGUCGCCGGCUCGUCCCGAGAUGAUUGGUCGAGGACCAAGACCAAACGAAGCAGCCUCAGCACCGCGUCACGUCCACGACCCGCACUUGAAGCGAGAUCGUCACGACUUGGAUUGGGUGAUUCCAGAUCUGGAGGAACGACCAAAGCUGCGGAAGAAGCAUCGGACGACGACGACGACGACGACGAAGAGUUGCCACCCCCGAUCGCCAACGUCCCGAGGUUGGGCGACUUGUUCAAGUCUGAAGGCGGGGCCGCACUACGAGCGAUGGCGAAGGCCAACGGAUGGAGGGGGGCGACCGCAUCACCGCCGAAACGAAAGGUUUUGACACCUCGGAACGGUGUGGCUGCAAGCAAGGGCAAGGGGAAGGGCAAGGAAAAGGAAGAUCCGACGAGCGAGUCAGAUUCGACCACGACUGUCACCCGGGGGAGGAGGACGAGCUCCACCGCCCCGACGUCGCAUUCGGAUCUUGAUGAUCAGCUCGACAAGGCGAGGUAUGGAGCGACUCGUCAGCCUAGAAGUGAGGUGUCAAAAGGGAAAGCCAAGGAGCAAACAAUCAAACGGCCACGGCGAGUCUCACCUACCCCGACGCCCGAACCGCCUGUCGAGUUCGACGAGACCGCCCGAGCGCCGGCACCCGAACCAUUCUGGGGUACAGAAGCACUUGUGAUGACGUCCGCGACGGCCAAGAAAGCAAAUCGACACCAACAUGGAGCAGCGACGGAGGCGCUAAGGAGAAUGUCUGAGCUCGGAGCACCCAGGAUCGAUCAGACUUCGCAUCUGGAAGAUGAGAUCGUCGACGAUGAGGACGAGGAUAGGGGCGAGGGAGGAGCACAGGGGAUACCGUUCAAGACGGCGGACAAGUACGAGACGGUCGCGGCAAAGGCCAAAAGAGAGAAGGCAGAGUCAAUGGGUGAGGAGUCUCCUCGGCUUGCUGAGGGAUCUAUCGUGCGUCAGCCACUCAUUCGUAGCCUUUCCUUGCCUGCGCAGCCAAGCUCCGUGCGGUCCGCCAACGCAAGGCCGAAGCAGCCGCAGCAGCAUCAACCAAAUCAGGUCGCACUUCAUCGAACACACCUCGUCCGAAACAACUGUCCGUCGACAACCUAUUGGUGUCCAUGUCGAUCGCUAAAGAACGGUGUCUGAUCUGCAAUGCCGAGGUGAGCCCUCGACGGUGUUUCUUCAUGCACCUUCCUUGGGCUGGUUCUGACAAAGUUCUGACGCUUGAACAUAAAUUGAAGGUACUCAAGAGCGAACUACAAGCCCAUACGAACCAAUGCCUCGACGCCGGCUUCUCCCAAGACGACUUCUCCCAAGCGAAUGUGCCCCCACGCCCGUACCAGCCCUCCGCGCCGCCACGCCCUGCACUCGACAUUGUCGACGAUGAUCCUGUGCAUGACAGUCAAGAAGUACGUGCUCGAUUGGCAGCGGAACUCUUCUCGCCUUCACCACCGCAUCGAGCGACUGCAUCGCGAGCGCAAGAUAAAGGGAAAGGUCGUGCAAUAGAGCCGCCCUCGAUCGUUGCGGCCCCUCGGACUGCCUCGCGUCAUCAACAACCAGAGCUCCAGUUGGACGAUGAUGAAGACGAAGAAGAGUACUGGUCCUCCGACACCCUCGCCCUAGCCGAGACAGACCUAUUCGACGAACCUCGAACUUCGACGCGUGCGCGUCGAAACGAAGUGAUCGAGAUCAAAGACGACGACGAUGUCGUACGCGCUCGAGGUAGCGGGGGGAUCAAUACCGAACAUCGACCUGGUCCACCUCAGGAUGGGUCUUCGCCUCCUCGUGGGUCGUUGUACGUCUCGACCAUGAGCGCGGUCAUUCGAGGUGCUUGUGAGUUGUGCUUCGUCCACGUGAUCGAGAUAGAGUCUAGUUCUAGACCGCUGACGAUGGGGAUGGUAUCUCACAGAUGA